AGCCGCUUUAAAAACCACCACCAGCUAGUGUACAUGUGCAUACAUGUUUUGAAGUUGAAAAACUAUUGAGUGCAAUUGGACUGACCGAGAACGCAAGAACGUCUCUGUGGAGAGGUUUUGAGUGCGCGCGCGUCACUUCUUUUUACCUUUUCUAUUUUCCCCUCUUAUUCACUCAUUUUCCAUCCUCCUUGCUCUCCUAUACAUUGGAGUUGUCGCUGUUACUCUGGUGCGUUAUAGCUUUGUGAACAUCAUUGCGUAUCGCGAACGGCUGAGUGUCGAGGAGUUGCAAAGAUAUAAAUUGGUUGGGACUGGAUACAAUGGAGGUGGAGGUGUAGGGGGACCGAGCAAAUUCCCUCACAGCCCAGUGGAUUGUUUGUUCUCCUCUGCUCUUCGAUCUUGGAGUUAAAAUGUAGUAAUCUAGUGAUUUGAAAAUUUAUACAUGUCCGUGAUAAUGCGCAGUAAAUACUGGACGAGUGGUUGUUUCGUGUGUCGUCGUGCGUGGACGAUCGAUACGCCAUCCCAGCAUGGCGUGCAAUGUAAAUCGGCCUGACGAAGUGAUGACCAGUGAUGAGGAUGCCGCAAAUACGGGUGUGAAGGUGUAUGUCAUAUCUGUCAAGCAAUACGGUAAAGCUGAGUGGAUUAUUUUGUCGUCGAGGUGGUGGAGUGCUGAAUAUGGAAAACGAUAAAAAUUGUUAGAGCCCAAAGCAACUUGAAUAUAACUCAAGUGCACUUUUUCUCGCGAUAAAGAGCCAAUUGAAAGAUGGAAAGAGGAUACAAGACAAAGAAUGAAAAAGAAACUCAGUGGUGUAUGAGGGCAGACGAUGUGCAGUGAUUUUAGUGGAUGAAAACUGUUCGUGAUAUGACUGUGUUAAAUUAUUCGUGUCUGUGACGGGGAUAGAGCGGAUGGACCAUUACGGAACGAGGAACGAAUGGACGGAGACGGGCAUGUGUCGUUUAGCUGCUGUGGUCGCCACUUGGACUCGGUAGAGGCCCGUGCCCGAGGCCCCAGCAGCGCGCCCAGGCCACCGACCCAUACCCGUGACCGCGAGACAAGCCUUUACGAGCCUGUGUGAGACGUGUGCGUGUGAAGUAUUUUUCGUAUGUAUUGUGUAGUUCAAAAGCCUGUAUAUAACCCGUAGGGACAAGGUUAUACAGGCGAAAGACGGCCACCAUAACUGUCUACUCUAGAGUUUCAGCACUGAGACCUUGGAGAUUCGUAUAUAUUGUGAUGAGCAGUGGAUGCGAGUGUUGUCCAUGUUUUUUCACCUCCUACUUCAUUUUUAGAAGUCGUUAAUUAUUUCAUAUUUUAUGUCGACAUAAUUUUGUUUUUUUUUUAUUAUUAUCUUUCUAACACAAAAGUUUCUCGUCAAUUAUUCAAAGUGUCGAGUGAACGGCAGAGAGCGUCCGAAAUAGCAAGUGUAACCAAAUUUUUUUUCACCUCUUGGUGUUUUUCUUUCGAUCAUAAUAAGCAGAGAAGACAAAAUAUCCUGUGGUCUGUGUGUUUUCAAUGUCUUCCUAGGGAUAAAUGGAGAGGAAUCAGUGAAAAUGAUUUAGGAAGCAUAAUAAGAGUUCUGAUAUGAUAGAGUGAUAAACAGAGAGGUCAGAAACUACUGAGAUGGACCGAGUUAAUCUCGGUGUUGGUGAUUCACACGUGAGUGAUGAUGAGGAUGAUGGUACACGCCAUAACGAUGGAUUUACCGUAUGCUCUUUGUUCGUUCAUAGCAGUGCAAUACGAUGAUUCUUCUCUAUGGUUGUAGAAACUGAGCGAAGAAAACAAGAGGAUUAAAAUUUCCAUGGAUUCAUAAUCAUCAUUUGAUCCUAAAUGUUGAUGUGUUUAUGGAUUGAGCCCGAUGAUGUUUAUAUUUUUUUUUUAUCAUUUGGAAAGAGAUUGAAUGACAAAAAUGGAGACACUAUUACCGGCUAAUACAAACAGCCCGUCAUACAGUCCACAGCUAAAGACAGUCUUGAAGACAUAUCAAUUAUCGGCAGUGAAAAGCCUACAAGGACCAAGCUCAGCCCUUUUGGGUAUGGACUGUAGAGGUAUAUUGCAGGAACAAACGUCCUUUCACUUCCCAACCCUCAAUCGUACGCCAAACUGCGUAGUUGAUUCAGAUCCAGAUGAGAUAAAUGGAAAAGAAUACAAAAAAAAUGAGGAUCCAGUGGCAGUAGCAGUGCCGGUAGCUACGGUACCAGUGCCAGUCCUACCUAGAAGGGAUCACAUAGCGGAAAGAUCCCAAGAUGAUUCAGACGACGAUCCCCAGCCAGAGCGUAUUAAAAUAAUUGGUGAAAAGCGUGAAUUGGAAUUCCAAAUACCCAUUCUCACAGCACCAGACCAGAGUUGCUCCGAGAGAUGUGAAACAACACUUGAGAAUGAGAGAAUUUCAUGUUUUGUUGUUGGCGGUGAGCGCAGGCUCUGUUUGCCCCAGAUACUGAACACAGUGCUCCAAGAUUUUUCAUUACAACAGAUUAAUCAAGUUUGCGAUGAAUUACAAAUAUACUGUUCAAGAUGCACCCAUGACCAAUUGGAAGAGUUAAAAUUAUCUGGAAUAUUGCCAAGAAAUGCUCCGUCGUGUGGCUUAAUCACACAAACGGAUGCUGAACGUCUUGUGAGCGCACUUUUAUUGCGUAUCGAGCCACGUGAAUUACCACAAAUGAUAAGUGAAGACAAUGAGCGAUGCGAUGGAAAGGAGCACUGUGAAAAAGACGGCACCGAUACAAUCGCUAAAUUCAAAGUUUAUCACGAAUGUUUUGGUAAAUGCAAAGGCAUCUUCAACGCUGACCGCUUUGAUGCCGAGGAUUCAGCGUGCAUCGAGUGCCUCGAGUGUGGCUGCCAGUUUUCACCCCAACGUUUUGUACGUCAUGCACACCGGCCACUUGAGAAUCGUACCUGUCACUGGGGCUUUGAUUCCACCAAUUGGCGAUGUUAUUUGUUAUUGUCACGCGAUCAGCCUCAUUACAACAAGCUCGUUACAUUCUUUCGUAACUUGAAAGAAAAAUAUCCUCUACCCAACCUGAAGAGGAAACUCGCUGAGUUCCGAAAUGAGUCUGACAAGCAGCCCAAACGACUGAAAAAGGAAAUGGGCCGCAAUGAAUUUGCCGGUGUCUACGCUGGCAGCAAUGGCUUGGGAAUGUACUCGAUAUCACCAGCCACUGGUGGAGGUGAUCCCUAUCUCCAAAUGCAGUGGGCAGUCUUUGAAUUAGCAGCUCGCGGUGCAUCAGCAUUCAGGCCUUGGAAUACAGCUAAUUCUUGUAAACAUCGAGACAGUUCACCACUGGUGCCUGCUUAUCUGAGCCGAGGUCCACCAGUGUUGCAGCAUCCAGAGCGCGUUGUACCGCUCUCCGAGUGUGAACGUUUUGAGCCCCAUUACCAGCCAAACGUUGCCUUGGCACCCAUUGUACCACCAACGAUAACGGCUAUUCCAACGACACAGUCGGAGGAGCCCUCAGCAGCCCACAGGCUCCUUUACACUGAGAGCCACAGUCACAAUAAUCAUUCCCCAAGUUCGUGUGAAAAAAUUGAGCCCCUCAUUGCCAAUGUUAAAAUUGAAAAGCCAUCAUCGCCGGGACCAGAGGCUGCCAAUGACUACUCGAAAAAAUUUUGCACACAAUCGAAAAAACAAGAGGAAUGCAGAAAUGAGAGACCAAAAAUGAAGCGGAAAAUCGUUGCCAGAAACAAUUGUGAGGACGAGGAGAGCAGUGCUGCUGUCACAUCGUCUACCAUUACAAUGGAGAUACCAUCGGCGGGGGGGAGCACAUCGUCAUCACGAAGUGAUACUGAGGAGGACUUUGCUACUAUUGUUGAACUUGAGGAACGACUUACGGCACUUGACAUGCCGCAGGACGUUUUUACUCUUGUUAGACAGGUGGCAUCGGAACUUACUCAUUUGAGAGUUCGACAUCAACAAGACGCACAGGAAAUUGCCAAGUUACGUGAUGAGCUGCAGAAAAUAACGAUUCAACCUGUUUCUGUUGUGAAUCCUCAUGAUUCUGUUAAUAGCGGUGAGGAGAGUGAGAAUAAGGCGAAUCCAAGUGCUGCUGAUAGCACUGAAAAUAAUGACACUAUUGAUGAGGCAGCACCACUGCUAGACAACAAUGAAGAGCUCGAACGGGCUGCCACUCCAUCUACUGCAAUUAGUAAAGAUUAGAAAUUAUUACCAAUUAAUGUAAGAUUAUUAAUAGUAAGCAGGACAACAAUAAUAGCGAAUGAAUAAAAAAUAUUAUAAUAAAGAACUGCUCAGCAAUUGUGGCGCCUUAUCUGUUAGCGAUAUUGGCGUACACUUCAAUUUAGCACUAAAUUAUGAAUGUUACAAAUUCUAAAGUUAAUGAUGACGAUGAAAGAAACUGUCUUGGUUAUGUGAUAUAUGAAAAGCCUUUAACGUUAUAGAAUGGUUAAUUUUUUCGUUUUCAGAAUAUUGUAAAGUGAACUUUUAUCGACAGUUUUUACUUACGAAUCGAGAUUAAGAGAUGAAAAACAAUGUAGAUAUUGUGUGAUGUGAUGAAUGAGAAAUAGAUUUUAAAUAUCGAUUACUGAGCCAAUAUAUAUUAGAACAACAGAUAUUAUGUUUGAAUAUAUUAAUGAAGUGCAUAAGACAUUUUUCGUAGAUAAAGUAAUCAUCGAUUGCGACGAAAAAUAAAUUGUUCAUUCAGUCUUCUCAUUAUCAUAGUUGUGAAAAAAUGAAAAUAGAUAGAACGGGACUGAGAACGUUGAAUUGCUUUUCAUCAACAACUUACAAUCAUAUUGGUAUUAUGUAAAUAGUUUCACUUAUCUUAAGUUACGUUAAUGAUUAAAUAUUAUGAAAAUUAUUGAAAAAAGUACAAAAACCCUAGGUGCUAUGUUAUUACACUAGGUGAUUAUAAUGACCUCGUGUAAAAUAGACUUUCAAUUGUAAAUUUCAAUUGUAAAAACUGGGAUGCAUUGAGCGCUUUUGUUGUAACAAUAUUCAAAAUUUUCACGAUUAUUUGCAUAAUUUUGCAUGACUGAAUGGGCAGUCUCUUUCAAGUCGACUGAAUUUCAUAGACAUAAUUAUAGUACUGCCAACAAAAUUGACGUAAAUUUAUAAAAGAAAAUUAUUUCAAUGUUUAAUUACCGACGUGAUUAUAAAUAUCGUUAUCAAUUGUUUUUCAUUUUGCUGUUGUAAACGAAAAAACUUAGGGUGAUAAUGUUGAGGCGUAAUCAAUGCUCCUGUUUUUACGGACGUCAACGCAAUUGAAUUAGGGACGUCCACUGAAUAAAUUUGAUACUAAUGGAGAAAUGAAAAUUUCUCCUUAUCAAGUCAACUCGUACUACUCUCUAUGUAUAGGAGGAUAAAAUACAUAAUUAGUCAUAAAAAUUAACUACUACAAAGGUUGAUGAAUCUUGUGUAUUGCGCAUGGACUGCAUGAAUGAAGAAGAAAAAAUAAUAAACACCGUAACUUAUUUAUACUGCUGGGUUGUGUAUUUCAAGUCCAAAUAAUAAAUUAUGAUCCUGGAGCGGGUACUUCGAAGAAAGAAAUGAAGGCAUAAUGAAAACUUUCUCAUUGGAUGCUCACUUAAGAAAGUAAGAAAUUGUAAAAAAUUUUAGCACUAAAAAUUGGGGGAUAAAUUACUCUUGGGAUUGGACUCUAAAUUAAUUCCACUGCGUUUGCUCUUAUGUAGGAAUUUUUUUUGUAAAUGUCGAUAAUUUGGAAGGGGUGAAGGUUUGAUUACCAGAAGAAUUUCGAACAACAAUUGAUGGCUGACGGGUGAAAUAUAGAAAACUGUUAUAAUAUUCAACGUAACCGAUUUAAAGUAGAAAAACGCGGGACAUUCGAUGCCAAUUUAACCAAUUCUUCAUUAAAAUCCGCUCUCUUUUGAUCGAUAAAUAAUGAUUUAAUGUUCAAAGGCUAUUUUGAUUGACGAUGGCAGAUAACGAUAAACAUUGUUGUUCAUUUUAUCACUAACUGAUGAAAAUCCAUCCGAAAACAAAUUGAAGAGUGGUUGAAUCGACCUGGAAUGCCCACAUCCGAAUCCCACCUGAAAUCAAGAAUGUAAUAAUGUCCAUGUUUUCGUACAUACUCAGUUAUCGAAGUGCAUAUUUUGAAUAAAAUUGAACUGAUAAACCAUAUAAACAAUACGUCUGACGCAGCGCUGUAUCUUCGAUGCGUCUAGCAUAAAAAUUAUAACCAGUUUAUGUCAUUGAUUUGAAUUGUCUUUUUUCAUCUCUCACUAUCUCAAUCACUUUUGAACUGUCGCAAUAACAUCUUGAAAUGCCCAACAGUGAAAAUGUAUUUUCAUCAAUAAAAGAAAAUACUUGUAAAAUCGAGAACUUUUUUUUUACUAUAUUUAUACAUGAAUACGUGCCCGAUAUAGCAAUUGUAAUUGUAAAUGAAAGAAGGGAUAUUUGUUCUGUUUAAGUUCUUCAAUUUGAUCUCAAUUACAUCUACUGUAGAUAUUGUUGGAGAUUUUGAGAAGAGAAGAAAUACUUCUCGAGAUCAAAUGCACUAUUUUUCGUUCAUCAUGGUAGCUAACAUUUUUGAAAUUAUACAUUAUCGAAUAUAAUGUACUUCGACCUACAUUACAGAUAUCCAUUGUCUUUGAAGGAGUAAAUCAUUGCAUAGUGUUAUCUAUACUUGAUAAGAACGAUCCAUGCAAUAAUAUUAAAUAGCAUUAGAAACGAAGGGAAAUAAAAUUUACGUUGUGAAUUGUCUCGUGAUUAUUAGCUCAAUAUAUGUCACAAACUUAUAACAUUUUGAAACCUAAAUUUUUUUGUAACUAUUUUCUUUAAGUGCUUUUGCUUUUGUAUAGAUCCUCCAACCAUGACUCACUAUUCAUAUAGUUUCGAUGAUGAAGAAAUCAUUUAGAAAAAUUAAAUAUUCGUCGAGAACUCGUAUCACAUAAAAAAUCUAGUACCUGCAAUUGGCUGAAGCCUGAAAAUUUUGUGAUUAGAGAGUUUCAUCGUGCAGAUGCAUGAUGACGAUGCAUGUAUCUUAAGCUCAGUGUAAAUAUUAACAUUAAUUAAAAAAUAAGUUUGAUCGCGUCCAAAAAAAACUGGUAAUUUCAUGACUACCGGACGAAAAAUCAUUCAUCAUUUGUCUCUAGAGUUUUUUAACACACGAACGAAUUGCAUCUCCGAAUUAUCUCGAAGAACGUGUGAAUUUACACGAGAAAAGGUCUAUCGAUACCGCCAAAACUGACUCUUUUCCGAUGAAAAAUGAUCACACGUAUUGAAACUUUUCGCACAUGGAGACGGAUAUCUCGGACCUAGAUUCAUUGUCGCGAGACAUUCGUUCGUUGUCCAAUAGACAACUGAGCAUAGUAUCAUGGUACUUUUUCCCCAUGCAUUUCAAGUUACAAGUCACGAAUAAAAUUCAAAAAUAGGUCCGAGCAGUGGCUGACUUCGAAAUAAACAAUAAUCGAAUACAAUGCGGAUUGUUUACAACGUAAAGUACAAAAUUGAUCUCUGUGUCAGGUUUAAAUAUGUAUGCACGAACAUUUAUUUUCAUCCCUUUGAGAGGCCUCGGGAGUAUGAGAAAACUACUGAAAUGGGGAGACAACUUUGCGCCGCGAAUUCUCGACCAAAAGGGGACGAAAAAAUCGUAUUGAUGCUUUAAAAACUUUAUUCCUUCCAUAGAAACCGGGUGCACCAACUUGCGAGUGAUCUGAAGCGGAUAAAUAAUUUUAAAAAAUGAGUAAAAAUAUGAGGUGGCAGCGCCGCCAUUUUUAAAGCAAGGUGGCGGCGCCUACGCCUGUCAACCACCUCGUAUUUUUGAACAUUAUUUAAAAUUCUUUAUCUUCAUCAGAUCACCUGUAACUCGGUUCAUUCAAUUCCUAGAAAAUGAACAAAUUUAAAGUAUUUUUUUUUUCGCUCCCGAGGCCUCUCACCAAUGACAUACAAUCAUUGCUUUGUUUUCGCCAAUGCCGCGUAACCAUCGAUCGUGAACACUGAGAAAAAAGCACCUAGCCAUGAUGAUGUACGAAAUACCGAUGGUUUAAAAAUCUUUCCGAAAUCAAUUUGGCACAAUAUCAUUGUAAUGAAAUUUGUCUUAUGCAUUACGUUCUAAUUUCAAAAUACAAGAUUGAAUGAUAAUAAGAAGACGAGUAUGAUGUAAAUUGUUCUUUGACUAUCAGCGUAUUGAUUCACGUGGCAAAGCAUUGAGCCUGAAUAAUGGUCAUUAGUAAUGGCAUCAGUAAACUUAACUAGUGAUUGAUUGAAACGAGAGAAAAUGUGAAAAAUGAAAUUAAUUGAAUCGGACGGCAUGCGAUUUGUUCGUUCCAAAGAUAGUAUUCUCGAAAUGAAAUAGCCGUCAAUUACAUGUACCAUAUUUGAUUUAGGAAGAAUACGUAUUUGUUGUUAGCUGUUUUUUUUUCAUAGAAAUUCUCUAGGAGUUUCCAUUCACUUCCAUUGUUUUCUUUCUUCAGUCGAUAAUUGUUAAUAAAAGAAAAUAUAAAGUAAUUGUAAGAACCGAGUAAAUAACUAUUUCAUGAACCAAAUAGAGUAAUCUUUGAUUUAUAAAAGCAAUAUUUCACAAUAAUAUCGCCUAUUAAGCAUACGAUACGGAGAGACAAUCUCAUUUUUUUUGAAAAAACAAUGUAUAAUCAUUAUUAAACUGCAAAUAAAAAAGCAUUUCUCUACGACAUAUAUUUAA